GCGCAGCCCCUGCAUGUGAAGAAAAGAAACCCGCUUUAGGCCCUCUUUCCUCGCCGACAGCGCCAAGAUAGGCAGAUGGCUGAUUGGGAGACUGCCCCAGCAGUGGCUGAGACGCCCGAAAUCAAGCUCUUUGGGAAAUGGAGCACCGACGAUGUUCAGAUAAAUGACAUUUCCCUUCAGGACUACAUUGCUGUUAAGGAAAAGUAUGCAAAGUACCUUCCACACAGUGGAGGCCGCUAUGCAGCUAAGCGUUUCCGUAAGGCACAAUGUCCUAUUGUUGAGAGGCUGACAAAUUCCAUGAUGAUGCAUGGUCGUAACAAUGGCAAGAAGUUAAUGACUGUACGCAUUGUCAAGCAUGCCUUUGAGAUCAUCCAUUUGCUGACUGCAGAGAAUCCACUUCAGGUUCUGGUAAAUGCAAUCAUCAACAGUGGACCCCGGGAAGACUCCACCCGUAUAGGAAGGGCAGGGACUGUGAGACGACAGGCCGUUGAUGUGUCCCCACUGCGCAGAGUUAAUCAGGCAAUCUGGCUUUUGUGUACUGGUGCCAGAGAGGCAGCAUUCAGAAACAUUAAAACCAUUGCUGAAUGCUUGGCUGAUGAACUGAUCAAUGCUGCUAAGGGUUCUUCCAACUCUUACGCAAUUAAGAAGAAGGAUGAACUGGAGCGUGUGGCCAAGUCCAACCGUUAAAGCAGCAGCCUCUUUUUCUGUAUUCUCUAAUAAAAAUUUAAAAGCCA